CUCCCCGCCCAGCGAUGUAUUCAGCGCCCUCCGCCUGCACUUGCCUGUGUUUACACUUCCUGCUGCUGUGCUUCCAGGUACAGGUGCUGGCGGCCGAGGAGAACGUGGACUUCCGGAUCCACGUGGAGAACCAGACGCGGGCUCGGGACGAUGUGAGCCGUAAGCAGCUGCGGCUGUACCAGCUCUACAGCCGGACCAGCGGGAAGCACAUCCAGGUCCUGGGCCGCAGGAUCAGCGCCCGUGGCGAGGACGGGGACAAGUAUGCCCAGCUCCUAGUGGAGACAGAUACCUUCGGCAGUCAAGUCCGGAUCAAGGGCAAGGAGACGGAGUUCUACCUGUGCAUGAACCGGAAAGGCAAGCUGGUGGGGAAGCCCGACGGCACCAGUAAGGAGUGCGUGUUCAUCGAGAAGGUCCUGGAGAACAACUACACGGCCCUGAUGUCGGCCAAGUACUCCGGCUGGUACGUGGGCUUCACCAAGAAGGGGCGGCCGCGGAAGGGCCCCAAGACCCGGGAGAACCAGCAGGACGUGCACUUCAUGAAGCGCUACCCCAAGGGGCAGGCGGAGCUGCAGAAGCCCUUCAAGUACACCACGGUGACCAAGCGGUCCCGGCGCAUCCGCCCCACGCACCCCGGCUAGAGGCACAGAGAACUAACUGCACCAGAGGAAUAUUUUUACAUGAAAAAGAAGGAAGAAGCUCUAUUUUUGUACAUUGUGUUUCAAAGAAGACAAAAACUGAACCAAAA